AUGUCCUAUCUGUUCCGUUCUAAAGUCGCCGAGAAAGAUGAAAAGCCAGCGCCCACCUUUAACAUCCCCAAGGAGUGCAAAGCUGGUGUGAUUGUGAACGAGGGGCCCGACUUUCAUGUAGAGGUCCAGAUGGUUCCAGUUCCUGACCCAGGCCCCGACGAGCUAUUAAUACGACUGAAUGCCACGGGGAUAUGCUACUCAGACCUGCAUUUCGCCAUGGCGGACUUGGGAACCCCUCCGAUGUCAACCUUUGGGGUCCGGUCGCCAGGCCACGAGGGAGCCGGUGUAGUGGUGAAGGUGGGAUCCAAUGUGACCAAUUGGAAGGUUGGGGAGCGCGCCGGCAUGAAACCACGGUGGUCGGUUUGCGGAGACUGCGAGCUUUGCUUGGACGACAAGGAGUCCUACUGUCGCAAGGCGGUGCUUUGUGGGCUUCAUAAAACAGGUACCUACCAGCAAUAUAUCACCUCGCCCGCCCAUUAUACGCAACGCAUUCCAGAGGGAGUGGACGAUUACACAGCCGCCCCGAUCAUGUGUUCCACAGGCACAAUGUAUCGUGCCCUGAGACAGGCAAGUCUCAAAGUGAAUAACUGGGCAGUGUUUCCUGGCGGAGGUGGUGGCGUUGGCAUCCAAGGUGUGCAGGUGGCAGCAGCGAUGGGUUUGCGGCCCAUUGUGGUCGACACAGGUGUCGAACGGCAGAAACUAGCCCUUGAAAAGGGUGCAGCAGCUUUUGUCGAUUUCAAGGCCUCUCCUGAUCCCGUUGCGGAUGUGAUUCAAAUUGCCGAUGGUAUUGGAGCCCAUGGGGUCUUUGUCACGGCUGGUGGAUCAUAUCCAGACUCCAUAGCCUAUUCUGGCACCAGAGUCGGCGCUGUGGUUACGUGUGUUGGGCUUCCACGGAAGGACGGUGUCACUGUCGGUGCCGACCCCAAGAAAUAUAUUACCCAAGGUCUGACCAUCCGGGGCUCUGUCGUCGGCGGCCGUAGCGAUAUUGCCAUGGCCUUGCAGUACGCUUCUGCGGGCAAGAUCGCCGGCGACCAUACGUUAUAUUCUAUCGAUCAGCUGCCAGAGGCGGUCGAGAAGGUUAGACGAGGAGAGGCAGUCGGCAGGGGAGUGGUGGAUUUCAACCUCUGA